AAAUACUAGUUUUUAUUCGUUCGCCGAAGUGAACGAAACACUACUUCCAGUGCUACGGAUAUACCUGAACAUUAAAGAUGGGCGGAUGGAAUUCCAAACAUAAGAAAAGCGAAACGCCCGCUAGAAAAUCGUUAAAGUCGGAGCCAAAGUCUGAACCGACACUGACACCGAAAGUUCCCGAGAAAGAUGAAAGCAAAUUGGUGCCUGAGUGGUUAAAUAAAUCUCUAUUUGAGGAGCUACUUGUUGCUAAUGUGCCUCAAUUUUCGAAAAUCUUAGAUUUCCGGGCGAAACCGGCCAUGGCCCCUGGUGAGAACUAUGCCACACUUAUGCUAAGAAUCACCAUCAAAAUAGAGCUCACAGACAAGAGCUCUAAGUCAGUCUCGUUUAUGAUGAAGGUGCCGCAUAAAACACCCCAAAUGGAGCAAAUGCUGGCUAUGGCGAACUUCUUCAAAAAUGAGACCUCAGCGUAUAUUGACUUUCUUCCCAAGAUGGAAAAUCUGUACAAAGCAAAGGGUAUGGACAUAACCUUCGGACCAAGAGCUUUCAAACUGGACUCCUCAAAGGAGCCGAAUGCAGCCAACACUGUCCUGAUGGAUGAUCUGGGCCAAGUUGGAUUCAAGAACAUCAAUCGAUUGGAGUGUCUUAACUUUGAGCAGGCAAAGUUCGCCAUAAAAAAACUGGCCCAGUACCACGCAGCUGGCGCUAUGAUGGUUGAAGUACAUGGACCUUAUCCAGAUAAUUUCAUAUAUGGCAUAAUGGGAAAUAACAUUGAAUUGAUAAGAGGAUUUUUGGAAGGAAUGAUGGCACCAUUCCGCACAGCAUUCUUGGCCAAUCUUUACCAAUUCAAGGAUUGCGAGAAAUAUCGUAGCAAACUGGAUACAAUUUUAGCCAAUCUCACCUCAGAGUUUAUGAAACUUGGCGAAAUAGAUCCCAAUGCAUUCAACGUCCUAAGUCAUGGUGACUGCUGGAUGAAUAAUUUGAUGUUCAAACUCGACGCAAAGGGUAAACUGGAAGAUAUGGUAUUCGUAGAUUUCCAAAACCCGAAAUACGGCACUCCCCUCAUGGAUCUGAUGUACUUCAUCAUUACCUCGGUCCACAUAGACUACAAGUUGGACAGUUUUGACUACUUCGUUAGAUACUACCACGAACAGCUUACCAGGCACUUGGACUUUUUGGGUUUCAGUGGCCGGCAGCCCACCUUAAGGGAGCUCCACAUCGAUCUUUUCAAGUUCGGCAGUUGGCUCCUCUUCCCAGCCAUCGCCGUUUUACCCCUCGUACUCCUGGAUCCAAAUGAGUCGGCUACGUUUGACAAUUUCAUGGGCGAAUCGGAAGCCAGCAAGGAGUUUAAAAACCUCUUAUACUCUAAUAAGAGGUAUCAUCCAUAUAUUGAAAAGAUUCUGCCUUGGCUGGAAAACAGAGGUUUCUUGGAAAUUAGUACUCCAAGCCCAACUCCAAACCUACCUGAAGUUCCCACCGAAAAUCCCCAACAAAUUCUGGACUGGCUUAAUGUAAAUGAUUUCCAUGAGAUCAUUUCCUCAAUGGAACCCAACUUCGAGAAGAUUGUAAGCGGCUCUUGGGCGUCAGCCACGAAGCCAGGAGACAACUUUGCCUCCAAACUGCUUAAAGUGGAUAUUGAGGCACAACUUAAAGAUAAUACGAAGAAAUCAUUUUCAUUCAUCGUGAAAGUUCACAUAUCCCAUGGCGGUGUCGACUUUGCCGUCUUCAACCUGUUCCCCAAGGAGAUAGAGGUCUACAGUAAAUAUGUACCAGGCUUCGAGAAGCUUUACCAGGACGCCGGCACCCCAGUCACAUUUAGCCCCAAGUCGUUCAGGCUGAAUAAGGAGAUCGGAGAAGAGUAUCUGAUUUUGGAGAACCUACAAAGCAGUGGCUUUAAGAUGUGUGACCGCCUUAAAGGAUUGGACUUAGAGCACACCAAGUCCGUUCUUCGAAAACUGGCCCAGUGGCAUGCAGCGUCACUCAAGUACAAGGAACUCUAUGGAGCCUAUCCCCCCAAAUACAAUACAGGCAUAUACUCGGAGCAAUCGGCGCCAAUCUUUAAGGGAAUGUUUGCAUUAACCAGCAAAAGUUUUUUGGAUCAUAUAUCCAAGUUUGAUGGCGCAGAGGAGUAUGUGCCUAAAUUGUCACCGAUUUUUGAGUCUGCAGUGGACAAACUGAUUGAAGAUUCAAAAAUCAAUGACCAGGAGUUCAAUGUACUCAACCAUGGCGACAGUUGGAUCAACAACAUCAUGUUCCAGUACGACGCUGAGGGCCAACUUAAGGAGACCUUCUUGCUGGACCAUCAAGUCACAAAAUACGGAAAUCCUGCUCAGGAUCUUUAUUACUUCAUUAUGAGCUCAACACAGCUGGAGAUUAAGAUCGAUCAGUUUGACUCACUCAUUAAUUGGUAUCAUCAGAACCUUGUGGACCAUACCAAGUUAUUGAAAUACUCUGGUUUUGUUCCUAGUCUGAAGGAACUUCACACCAUUUUGUUGGAGCACCCCACCUAUGGUGUCUUCACUGUACUUAGCACCAUGCCCAUGUGUCUGAACAAGACCGAUGAAAAGUUCACCACAGAAAGCUUCUUCCAAAUGAAUGAGGAGGGCGACGCCCUGAGAGCAGAACUUUAUGGCAACGAGCGUUUCAAGGCCAACAUUGAACGCAUUAUGCCCUGGCUGAAUAGGCGAGGACUGCUGGAUGCCUUUGUGCAAUAAAACAAUAUUACACGACUGAUCAAAUGUGUUUGACAAACAUAUUUUGCAAUAUUUACUACAUGAAUAAACAAUUUUAUAUAAAUAUGUAA